AUGAAUUCAAAUCAUUUAAUGGAGUAUAAUAAUUCUAUGACAACCUGGCCAGAAUUAUCACAUCAAUUUGAUAUUAAAACAAUGAAACAAUAUAGUGGUUACAAUACAAUUAAUAAUAAUAAUAAUAGUGGUAAUAGUAAUAGUAAUAAUAUAUCAGAUCCUUAUUCAUUGUUUCCAUCCAAUUCUUUUAGACCAAAUAAAAACUCUCAUGAAAAUAAUAAUAUUGAUAAUAAACUAGAACAAUAUACAAAAUAUGAUGUAUUAACACCGGAUAAAUUAUCAUUGAAAAGUAAUCAUUAUAAAAACAAUCAUUUUAAACAUCUUUCAAUGAAUCAAUCUGUAUCGAAUUUGACUAUUCCUAAAUUUAUUAAUUAUGAUAAAUUGAUUAAUGAUAAACAGAUAGAUGAUGAAAAAAGAUUAUCAUCUGGCUCAAAUGAUAUAAACACACCAAAAGAUUUACGAAUACGUAAACAAUCACGUUCAAAUUUAAAUCCUAUGCGUUACAAUAAACAUAAAUUAAAACAAUCUUAUCUUAAAAAAGAAAAUAAUAAAAAUACUACUGGAUUUUCAAAUAAUGUAAUAACAAUUCAUAAUACUAAUAUGAAUAGUCAUUGUAAAAUUCCUUCUGAUAUACAUUUAAGAAACAACUUUGAUAAUAAAAACGUGGAUCUAUCAUCUAAUAAUAAUAUAAAUAGUAAUAAUAAUAAUAAUGGCAAUCAUUUAUUUAAUUCAUCAUAUAAUCCACUAUUGUCAAAUUCUUAUAUUAAACAACAACCAUAUCCUAUAUUUCCACUUAACAAUAAUACUACUGAAAUAGAUAAUCUAAUCAAUUUACCAAAUUCACAAAAUAAUAACUUUAAUCAAAUUCUUUCACAAACACAAUUAUCAUCAUCAUUAUCAUCAUCACAAUUUCAUCAAUAUUGGUUACAAAUGAUCAAUACACCAAUAUUAUCAUCUAUAGCCACAACCACAACAACAACUGCAACAGCAACAACAUCUUCAUUCACUGUAACUACACAAGAUAUAACACCAUUACAAAUGGCACAAACUUUAAUGACAUCAAAAAUGUUACCAUAUAAUUUUAUUCCAAAUGAAUUACAAACUUUAAGUUCAUUAUUUUAUCAAACUAUUAAACAAUUACAAAUGAAUCAUAAUUUACCUGUAAAUAUUUCUUUAUUCAAUCAAAAUCAUUUUAAUCAAAUAUAUACAACAAUAAUCAAUGAGAAUAUAUCAUUAAUUAAUCAGAAACAAUUAGAUAAUCAUUUUAAUCAUAAUAAUAAUGAUGAUAAUCAAUUAAAUAAUUUCACAUUAUUACAUAAUCAAAAUCAUACUAAUACUACUACUACUACUACUGCCAUCACUACUAAUACUACUGUUAAUAGUAAUAAUACUCAUAAAUUAAAUAGAAAUCAUGAUAAUAAUAGAUCUGAUCUACAAAUGAUCAUAAAUCAAUCAAAAUUCAAAAAUAAAUCAAUAAAAUUUAAUAAAUUAUCACAAUCAAUAAAAAAUAAUUUAAAUUCACAAAUUAUUGAUCAACAUCAUCAUCAUCAUCAUCAUAAAAGAAAGAAAUAUUCUAACGAAGAUAAGGAAAUGAAUAAUCUUGAUAAUAAUGAAAUAAUGAAUGGAAAUAAUCAAUUAGGAGUUGAUGAAACUGAUUGUUAUAACGAUGAAGAUGGUGAUGAUAAUGAUGAUGAUGACGACGAUGAUGAUAUUGUUGUUGAUGAUGAAGAAAUUAUAUUAGAUCCUAAACAAAAUCCUGAAAAUAUUCCAAUGAAUAUUUUUAAGUGUAAUUUAUGUAAUAAGUAUUUUGUUACUGCACAUGGUUUAGAAGUACAUGUUAGAAGAGCACAUAAUAAUGGUAAACGUCCAUUUGAAUGUCAAUUAUGUCAGAAAACAUUUGGUCAUGCUACAAGUUUAUAUCAACAUGAAAGUGUACAUUGUCAAGAUAGACAAUUUCAAUGUUCUCAAUGUGGUAAAACAUUUAAACGUUCAUCUACAUUGAGUACACAUUUAUUAAUACAUAGUGAUACACGUCCUUAUCCAUGCCAGUAUUGUGGUAAACGUUUUCAUCAAAAAUCUGAUAUGAAAAAGCAUACUUAUACACAUACUGGUGAAAAACCUUAUAUUUGUUUACAAUGCGGUAAAGCAUUUAGUCAAUCAUCUAAUUUAAUUACACAUUCACGUAAACAUACUGGUUUUAAACCAUUCUCUUGUUUUCAUUGUUUACGUGCAUUUCAACGUAAAGUUGAUUUAAGACGUCAUAUUGAAACACAACAUGGUACAAUAGAUUUAUGUAAAAAAAAUUAUACAUUAGAAAAUAUAAAUACCUCUCAUUUAUCUAUUCAUCAUAUUCAUGAAAAUCAGAACAAAUCACAUAAUUUACAUGAUGAUAAUAAAAUUACAUUAAAUUCAUCAUCAUCAUCAUCAUCAACAUCAUCAUCAUCAUCUAUUUCACCUUUACCAAAUAUACUUUCUAGUCCUACAUCAAUUCAUUUACAAAAUUAUUCAAAUUCAUCUGAUCUCAUUGAUUCAUUUCAUAAUUUCAAUGGUUUAAAUUUAUCUAAAACAACCAACACUAAUAACAAUAGUAAUAAUAAUAAUAACAAUAUUGACAAUAAUAAUAUUAAUGGUACUGACAAUAGUAAUAAUAAUAAUAAUACUAAUGACUGUGAUAUAAUAAAUUCUAAAAAUUAUUCUUCAUCUAGCCCAAACAAUAUACAUGGUAAUAAUGAUGAAAAAUUAUUACCUUAUUCAGUAGAGAAUUUACUUAGUUCACUAACAUAACUUAAUUUAAAAUAGAGAAAACUCAGUAGUAAUAAUAAAUAAUAAUUAUAUCAUAAUGAUAUAAUGAAAAAUUUGUCCGUUUAUUUUCCCACCUCCCUCCCUCCCCCUUCUCUUUCACUUUUAUUAAAAAAAAAGCAAACAAGCAAACAAAUAGAUCUAUACAUUUAACCAUCAUUAUCAUUAUGUUGUAUACAUGAAAUGUUGUUUAGUUUUGUUUUAAUUUUU